UUUCACAGCUCAGGUACUUAACAACAUGACUCAAAACAUUCAAGUUCACAGUUCACCAUGUUUAAGGUUUGGUGGGCAGGAGCAGGCAAGGGCAAAUAGUCAGGGUGUGACUCCUGACUCCUGUCUUGCUGAUCUCACACAAAAACAAUUGUAAUGAUCUCACUUCAAUUCUGCAAAACUAUGAUGAAAACUGGUCUGAGGUCUUGGCUCUGAAGAAGAAACAUGACAAAUCUGAUCAGUUAAAACACAAACAAACUGAACUUAAACAAAUCUCAACAAAACUGCAGUCAGCCACUUUUGACUUGGAGCACAUCUUUAGAGAAAUGGGAAAAAUCUUCAGGGGUGCCUUCAUGCAGCUGGUCAAAGUGUCAGAGGACAUGAAGAAAGACUUUCAGUUUGACUAUGUUCUAGUGCUGGACACUGAGGGACUGCGUACUCUUGAGUUGGAUGGAAAGAGACGCCUGCAAGAAAAACUGGACCAGAUGGCUCACCUAGCUGCCAAAGAAGAGGUGUGUGAUGCAGAGUGUUUCAGUGACGUCAUUGCAUUUGAUGUGCAAAAAGAUGUAAAGUACUUUGCCUCUGACCUGUGGAACGCCCUGAUGAAUGAACAUUUUGUUUUCAGUUUCAAAAACGCACUUGAAAUUGCAGCAUACAGAAAACUUGAGGUCCAGUACGGGAACUGGACCCAGAUCCUGAGAAGCACCUUGUUGACCAUUGAAAAUAAUGUUUAUACUGAAAUGGAAAAUGGAAAACUUGAAAAGGUUCAGCUCAAUUUUCUUAUUAAAGAAAUGAGCAAAACCUAUGAAGGAGUCAAAAAAGAAAUGACAGCGUACUUUGAUGAUGACAGAGACAAAGCAAUGUUGGUUCAGUGGCGAGGAUGAUUUGAAAUCAAGUUUCAUGAUGAACAGGUGAGAGGAGAGAAAAGAAAACUGGAUGAAGUUAUCCAGCAGAAAAAUGCUUGUAAAAAGCUGGAUGAUAAGAAGACAGAGUUUGAGAAAAAGCUGCUGCAGAAGAGCAAAGAGCUCGCUCAUCAGUUAAAGGACAAGGCAAAAGAUGAAGAGGAACUUGAAAAGCAGUUCAACUCUGUUUGGAGAGACUGGGUGAAUGAACUAACUGCAGAUACAAAACCUAUUGAAGACAUCAACUUGGGAGACGAGAAAUUUUCAUUUUCAAUCAUUAAAGGUCACAGUUUUGAACCUGACAUGAUAAAUGAAAUGAAAAAGAAUGGAAAAUACAAAUCCAUUUCAAAUUCAAAAGACUAUGAUUGCUAUGUAGGAAAACACAAAUGUUUAUGGGGUUUAGUCCAAGUUAACACUGCUCUGAUUCAUUUUUUUUAAUUUGUUUUAUUAAAUCAAAAUAUGUGAAAUUUUACGUUUUUAAAUUGAGUUUUGAUGAAGUUCAUGAGAGACAUGCUGUCAGAAAUUCUAAUAUCUACUUUUUUACAGCAGAUAAUGGACGGUGUAUUUCUUUAACCCAUGUAACUAUUUUCUAAAAAUCACAUCUGAAAAUCCUGUCAAACUAUUUUUUUUUGUUUGUUUUUUUGUAUAUCUUAUGUCUUUACAAGUAUUUGAAGUGUUCAACUCAAUCUCAUUUUAAACAAUCUGUUAUUAUAUCUACAGCAAUAGUUAGUUAAUUUUUUGUUUAAGUAGAAUCUUAAUCUGUCCAAGUUUUUCUGAUGUCCAGGCUUAAUGUAAAGAAUGUAAGUCAUGUUAGAAAAUAUUUCUAAAAGAUUUUACCAUCUAUUAAUAAUUUUGUGACAACACAAAAAGCUUUGUUGAGUUCAAACUUUCAUGUUAUUAAUGAACACAAUGAGUUAUAAUAAAAUAAUUACUUCAUAUCUACUGAAACACCAUGUUUCUUUUUGUUUCUCUAAUAACAAAGUCUUAAUUUACACCUUUAAUUCUUGCCUCCCACCCCCCAACCCCACCUACCCACCCGACCCACUCCUUUUAAAACCCACACCUCCAAUUUGUUAUCGAUUCAAAGACUCAAGUUCAAGCUGAAAUAACCCCGAUGACAUCAGUUUGACAUGUCCAGUGUUAUUUUCUCAGACAUAAUACAAUUGUAUUCCUUGUGAAAAAUAAAAUGGACUUCAUGAGCAAAACUAUAAUGGCCCUUU